GGGUGCAGAGCAGGGCAAUUUUACAUUGCAGCGCGCACUUGCGCAUCGCUUUUGCCGCAGCUCACAGUAUCGGCCACCGUGAUAUAUCGUCCGUACUAUGAACUUCUUGCGUUACGGGUUGAGUUGCAACGUUGUUGGCGUCUUGAGGUUGCUUUGCAUGUCCAACGAUUGAGUUCUUUUCCAUUUGUGUGCGGCUUAAGGUCGCGCACCUGGGGAGAUGCCUUCAGAAAAAGCCCAUUCUCACGAUGGCGUCGGAGAUGGAGCCAAGGACUCUGACAGCUCGGAGCACAGCUGGCCAGAUGAGGAUGAGGACGAGGACGACUUCUGCACGACCCUGGACGACCUGCCGCAAAAGGUUGAGGAUCUGUUGUACAUUGGCUCUAUGGCUGCCGAACACAACUACGAGGGAUUGAAGGCGGUUGGGAUCACCCACGUGUUGCAGGUCGCCGAGGGACUGGCGCCCUCCCAUUCCCGAGAAGAUCUGUCGUACCGUACGAUAAAGGUUGCUGAUCUGCCCUCCGAGGACCUGGUCGCCCACUUUGGCCGCUGCUUUGACUUCAUUUCGGAGGCGCACGGAAAGGGCGGCGCAGUGCUGGUCCACUGCGUAGCGGGCGUGUCCCGGUCUGCCACCGUGUGCAUGGGCUGGCUGAUGUGGCGUCACAAGCUCAGUGCGGAGGAGGCGUUUCGUCGCGUGCACCGAGUGAGACCCUGGGUGAUGCCCAACCCCGGCUUCCGGAAGCAGCUGGAGCGGUUCGGCGGCUGGCAGAGGUUAAGGCCUGACUUCUGCUCCCAGUUGACCCAGUCGACCCGGGUUCAAAUCCGCCUGCCGGCUCCUCGGGUGUUUGAGGAGUGAUGAAAUGGGAGGUGGCCCCCCAUCUUAUGGACGGUGUAGGACGUGAUAAUAUCAACUUGCGAGCUGACCAGGAACUAAGUUGAUGCGCCGUUGAUCCGCUAGAUUUGGUUGGAUGCUGGUGGUGAGUUGCCGAACCCAACGAAUACAUUCUGAAGUCGGAUGGGGUGACGGAUUAGGGUGCCCCUCUAGCAGGGGAGAGCAGGGACUGCCCCGGGAAAGGGGGCCGCUGGCGAAGUUAACCACCCUGUAACAACAUACAUACAUGCAUUAG